AUGCGGGCGGGCGCCAGGCUCCCGCGGCGGCGGCAGCUGCAGCAGCCACAGCAGCCCCGGCGGCGGCCGCCUCUCCUGUGGCCGAUGAACGCGGACCCGCCGCCGCCCUGGGUCUGGAUGGUUCCCGGCGCCGCCGGGCUGCUCCGGCUCGGCCCCGGGGUCGCGCCCCCGCCGCUGCUGCUCGCCGCGGCCCAGCCCGCCGCGGCCCCGCUGCUCCCCGGGCUGCCCGGCUGGCCAGCCCCGGGCGAGCCCCUGCUGCCUCUGCUGCCUCUGCCCUCUGCGCCAGACCACGCCGCCGCGCACCACUAUCCCCUGCUCCACGGACAGUGGCUGAUUGGUGGACAUUCUCCACCCACAGGACUGUGCCCCUCUUCGACAGUGGAGUUGGUGCCCAUUUUCCCACACGUCUGCCCUUCUGCUCUGCCAGCUCGUGUUGGGAGAAGUUGGAUAGAUAAAAGGAUACCUAACUGUAAGAUUUUUGUGAAUAACUCCUUUGCUCUGGACUCCACGUGGAUACACCCUGGGGACUCAGGUCUGCUCCACCUGCUGGAGAAGCCUCCUGUGCUGGAUCAAGUGGCUCUGACUCUGUCCAGGCCCAUUGCUGCCUCCAGGCCUCGUCCUGCUGUGGUGCUAGGGCCUCAGCCAAUGCCAGGUGGUUGCCAUAACAGCCUUAAACCAAUCAGCAACAGUCCCACCAUCRCCAUCGCAGCCGCCGCUGCCGCCGCUGCCGCGGCUAUGGUCUCCGUGGACCCUGAGGGACUCCGGGGUCCAUCCCCCGCCAGCGUGCAGCCCUGCCACUUCCUGACGUUGGCGCCCAUCAAAAUACCGCUCCUGACGGCCCCCUUCUCAGAUAGAAGCAAAGAGCUCAGCCGGGCGCCCUGCCCCCCAGCCCUGAUGCUGCACAGCACAGAGAGCAAGAGCCCGGCCGGAGUCGAGGAGGACAAGGAGCCUCCAUCCAUGCUGGAGAGUGGGGAGGACAGCACCCCAAAAGGCAACAGACCUGUGGCCUCCACCCCGGUGCCUGGAUCCCCCUGGUGCGUGGUCUGGACAGGCGAUGACCGGGUCUUCUUCUUCAACCCCACGAUGCAGCUGUCCGUCUGGGAGAAGCCCKUGGACCUGAAGAACCGUGGGGACCUCAAGAGGAUCAUCGAGGACCCCCCCCACAAGCGCAAGCUGGAGGCCUCAGCAACUGAUAGCAGCGAUGGAUCCAGUUCGGAAGAUGGCAGGGAAUACCAAAGUGUGAAAACCAAGAGGAAUCGGACUGAAGGCUGCGAGAGUCCCGGGCCUGAGGAGCCACAGCCAGAGGACAGAGGCACACGGACACCGCCCCCCCAGAUUCUGCUGCCCCUGGAGGAGCGCGCCACCCACUUCCGAGACAUGCUCCUGGAGAGAGGGGUGUCAGCGUUUUCCACUUGGGAAAAAGAAUUGCACAAAAUUGUGUUUGACCCGCGCUAUCUCCUGCUAAACUCUGAGGAGCGGAAACAGAUAUUUGAGCAGUUUGUCAAGACGAGGAUAAAAGAAGAAUACAAGGAAAAAAAGAGUAAAUUGCUGCUCGCCAAAGAAGAGUUCAGAAAGCUCCUGGAGGAGUCUAAAGUGUCACCCAGGACCACAUUUAAGGAGUUUGCUGAGAAGUAUGGUCGGGAUCAGAGGUUUCGACUCGUUCAGAAAAGAAAGGAUCAGGAGCAUUUCUUCAACCAGUUUAUACUUAUCCUUAAGAAACGGGACAAAGAAAACAGACUAAGGCUACGGAAAAUGAGAUGA